AUGUUACCGUGGGUUCAACACCGUUGGACGAGUUUGUGGCUUGUGGUAGCAGCUUUAGGAUCACUAUGUCUCUUUUUAUAUGGGUUUUUCCCUUUAAAAUAUCAUUCUGGCAACCUUGCACACAUGGAUGAUCUUCCUAAUUUUAUUGAAGGAGUCAGUAUUGACGGUCAUGAGGUUUAUAAUCCCGGACAAAACACAGUUAUUCUAAUGGUGAUCGAUGGAUUGAGAUAUGACUUUGUGACCGAAGAAUACAUGCCAUUCACUGGGGAAAUAAUAAAAAAUAAAUCAGCCUGUAUAUAUGUCUCGGUAGCUGAACCCCCGACUGUAACAAUGCCAAGAAUUAAGUCACCAGAACGAAAAAAGGAGAAGGCACAGUGGCGUCGCACUAUAAACUUCUGGAGGGAUAUAUUUGCAAUGAUGACUGGUAGUGUGUCAACGUUUGCGGACGUAGCUCUUAAUUUCGGUGCUCCGGCUGUUCAAGGUGAUAGUGUGUUAAGAGUGGCCAAGUCGAGAGGGCUUCGGACAAUUUUAUAUGGAGAUGACACUUGGUUGAGAUUAUUCCCAGGACUUUGGACAGAAACAGAUGGAACUACAUCAUUCUUUGUAACAGAUUAUACUGAGGUAGACAAUAACGUAACGCGACAUCUAGAUAAAGUUUUAACACCGGAUGACAAAAACAAACCAAAUUUUGAUUUCCUCGUACUUCACUACUUAGGCUUGGAUCACAUUGGACAUUUGGAAGGCGCCAGGAGCCCUAAGAUUAAGCCAAAAUUAAUUGAGAUGGAUGAAGUUAUCAAGAAAAUAUAUUAUGCUAUGCAGCAAUGGGACAGUGUUGGUACAUUAAUAGUAUGUGGUGAUCACGGCAUGCGGGACGCCGGUGGACAUGGUGGGGCUUCGCCCUCCGAGGUCCUAGUACCUCUCGUGGUCAUUAGAAGUAAAGACUUCAAGUGCCCAUACCCGUCAGGUCCGGGCCCUACAGUGUCCCAGGUGGACGUGGCCCCUACUAUCUCGUGGUUACUAAACUGUCCCCUACCAGGAGACAGCGUGGGAGUCAUCCUACCGUCAUUGAUGCCGCGUGACGUGAGGCAGAACCUGUAUUUACUACAUGUACAGGCGAGCCAGAUCGCUAAACUGAUAUCCACUGAUACUGAAAUGUACAAACAAUACAAGCGAGCCGCCAAUCAAUUCGCCAACUAUUUAUCCACUGGUCAUGAGAGUGCUGCUAAAAUAGCUAAAGAAUUUUACGAGGAGUCACUUCACGGAAUGGCUCAACACUUCACGGAAACCACCACGGAAUUUGAUAUGUUUGCUAUUAUUAUAGCAACCGUAUGCCUUUAUUUGAUAACAAUAUCUCUGUUGUGUAUAGCUCUAUAUUCCCUUCAACGCGACCAGAAGACAAACAUAAUUCCUCAUCAUCAUCAUCGCUCUAAUGCCAGCACGAUGGUGGCAUUUGCUGUCAUUUACACAAUAAUAUCCAGCGUUAUGGUGACCACUUGCUUCAUAACAGAAACAAAAUCACAGUUCUGUUCGUUCAAACCGCUGUGGUGUGUGGCAUUUAUGGCCAUGGCCAUGACCAUAACCGCAGUUUAUUUCAUCAUCAAGAACUGUAUUGAAAAUAUUAAGGAUUUAACAAGUCUCAGGAGUUUGAAUGCCAUAGAUUAUUUAUUGAUAAUCGGCACACUUUUUCAUGCUUGGUCGUUCUUUGGUACAAGUUUUAUAGAAGAAGAGCAUAUGACGUGGUAUUUUCUAUGGAAUACAUUGAUGUUGGUUGUUUUAUUGAAGACGAUUGCGGUUAUAGUGAUAUAUGUUGGUAAGAAAUGGUCUGGUUCCACUGAGGUUCAAGAUAAACCGGACUUGGAGUAUAGAAUGUGUGCUGUUGGUAUAAUUAUUGUACCACAAUGGAUAAUGCUCAUCGCUCUUCAUAGAUAUUUAAGAACAAUGAAUCAAACUGGUGACAGAUGGUUAUUCCUACCAGACACAGCUGAUUGGUUGAAUGCUCCAGAGAAUUCUUUUUAUUUGGAAUUACAUUGUAUUAUUGGUACAUUCCUAACAUUCAUGAUAUGUAUGGUUAAUUUGAAACAUAUGAAUAAUAUAAUGCAGAUGCAUUCAGCGUUAACAGUAGUCGGCUUUGGUUGCGUGUUGACAUAUAGAAUGGCCACCGGUUCAAUUACCUCAUUGAUAACCAAAUCUAUAGAUCCUGUUAUAAUUGUCAAUAUAUUCUGGGGUAUAUUAAUAUCUCAGUUUAUAUUUGAGAUCGUAUCAUAUAUAGGUGUAUCUAAAUUUAGUAAUAAAUUUGGUUAUAUCAAACCAAAGGAGAAAAGUGAAGUACCAUUUUAUGUUGACCCCUGGUGUGUGGAUGAUGUUAAACUAAAUCUAGCUAACUCGUUAUCUCAUAUCAUGUAUAAUGAUAUGAUGAUGAUAAUAGUGUUGUUAAUGCGACCACAUAAUGUUAUAAUGGUACCCAGUAUACAUUUAACUUGUAAGUUAACGUCAGUUUGUCUAGACCAUAGAUUAUUGGAUUCUAGAGUGAAAAAAACUGAAAUAGCUGAUCUAUUGAGUAAAACUCUGGUACAUCUCUGGAUUGGAAUGCUUUUCUUCUUUUAUCAGGGUAACUCAAACAGCCUGGCCUCCGUAGACCUUGGCUCGGGCUACGUGGGUCUACGAGAGUACAGCGCCGUCCGCGUAGCGCUACGGAUGGGUCUACACGCCUACGCAGGCCCCGCUCUCGCCGGCGCUAGUCUGUUUUGUUUGUUGUCUUCUCACUCUAACAAUUGGCAACAAUACUUGAACUCAGUGUGGCGCGUCAUCAACAUAUUCGCGUUGCAGCGAGUGUAUCAGCUGGUUAUCUACUGCGUUAUAUCCGUUAUAUUCAGACACCAUCUGUUUGUAUGGACAGUGUUUUCUCCUAAACUGCUAUACGACUUCGUGGCGACCGUGUUCUCAGUACAAUCUCUCUCCACUAUCGGUCAGAUUGUUCUAAUAACACAUUCCACUAGUUGGCUGGCUAGGUUGUGUACUAGAAAGUAA